GUCUUAUUGUUUAAUACAUCUUAAAUAUUUGUUAUCAGUGAUUUAAUGGUGCAAUUGUAUGAGAUUCAUUAAGGUGUAACAUAAAAUUUCUUUGUCAAGUCUACAGCAGAUCUGUAUAUAUUCUUUCAUAUGACGUUAUUCUACGUAAUUAAAUUAUCUUAUUCCGGGUUUUUUCUGUGAUUUCCGUGUAAUUAUUAAAAAACAAAGAAUCUAUAGAUCCUAAUGAAUACAUAACACUUGGCAAAUGCCUCGCGAAUACAACGCGUAACGCUAUUUACGAGAAAAUGUCAUGUGCGAAUAUGAACAAGAACGGCGCCGAAGGCAAAACAAUUAUUUUGCGCGACAAGGAAAAUGUUCGAACAAAUUCAGUACAAAAGAACAGUUCAACUUUCCAGGACGACGAAGACGCAAACGAAGAUUCUGAAGAAUUAUUCUCUGAUGAUGCUGCAGAUAACACAGUAUGUUAUACUCCUGUUGGAUUCGACACACCUAACAAGGAUAUUUCCUUUUUGACUUCCUUAAAAACCCCUGUACUCUAUUCCAUUGACCAGAGCAAAACUCCUAGUGCUGCUUUAAUACCUAGUGCUCCACUGAGUCUUGUACCGUUUCUUUCACAUAUAAAUGAAUCAUGGACAAGUGAUUUGGAAACACCAGAAUGCAAGAGGAAUAUCCCUAGCGUGCAGGGCUCACCUGAGCGUAUCAUUAAAUCUGUGGACAGUGCUGAGAAAGAACCAUGUUCUGUACAACUAACACCAGCAGAAUCUAUUCGAAGGAACGUAGAACCUGAGUACAUAAGCACGUCUCCUAUUUUGAACAAUAAAAGAAUACGACGUCGUCCGAAACGACGAAUAUUCAAACCAUCUCCAUCAAAAUCAUUGCUCAACCAACGUAUCAAUAGCAAAACAUUGGAAGCCAAUGACCAAACUAGUGCCUCAAAUGAUUUUGUUACAUCACAUAAUACAGUGACUUUAGCAUCUACUACUAGUUUUAAUACCAACUGUUAUAAUGACAAAAAAUAUGCUACGUCCCCUAAACAAGAUUCUACAGUUUCACAGGAAGUACCCAUCUGUGUGGAUAACAAAAAUACUGAGAUCAAAACGACAGAACAAUUCAAUACAUCGACCCAAGAAUUUUUUGCAAACACCUCUUUCAGCGCUAUCGACAAAAUAUGUGAGGAUGUUAAUAUUCAGGAAGAAGAACCAUCUAAGAAAUCCGUCGAAGAUCGUAUCAAGGCUAUAAAACAAUUGCAAAAACCACGGAGACAAAUUCUCGAACACGAAUACGUAGCUAUUUCCGCUGAUGAUUUAACUAGAGACGUAAAACUUUUAGAAAGUGCCGCAGCGCAUCCAGUGGUUGUCAAGAAUGAACGUAGACCUCACAAUCAAUUAGGACUGAUACCAUUUUCACAACUAUGCCCAACGGAAACUGGAAAAUCGACCUGUAUACCCGAUACCAAUGAAAACGAAAAAAAAGUCCUUGAUCCUGAAACAAAUCAAAAUGUGAACAUUGAAGAUACAACGAGUAAUAAGAUGAACCAUUUAAAUUCCACUAUCAGAGAGUCAUUAAAUAAUUCUGAGGUAUCAGAAACAUGUUCGAAAAACAUAUCGGCUUCUUUAUCCCUGGAAGAAGACAACGAAGAAAUGGAUGACAUCUUCCGUGAAGUGGAAAACGAGGUAACUGACACGCAAAUGGAAAAUUUGGGCGAAAUGGCUAUGGCGUUUGCUGAGGAUUUUGAAGAAUUUAAUGACUGGGAAUAUAAAUCAAAUGAAGUGGGCGGUACGUCUGUGCGCGAGACUAAAAUUAAAGAAAUGGAAAACACGAUAAGUAAAAACGAAUAUAAGAAAUCCAAUGGCGCAACUAUUGAGAAAUCUGAUGUCAUAAUCGAUAAACCACUUUGUGGAUUCUUAACGGCGAGUGGUAAGAAUAUAAAUAUCAAUCAAGAAAGAAUUUCAGCUGCUAUGAAAUUGUUUGAGAAUAUUGAGGAAUCUAGUACAGGGAUAGGAGAUCUAAAUUUAGUUAGCAAAAUUGGAAAAACUGCUACGUCUGGCUUCUCUACCGCCAGUGGGAAAAGCAUUUCAGUCAGUGAAGAUAAACUUCGUCUUGCAGAGAAAAUCUAUGAUGACAUUGACAUUAACAGUUGUUUAGAAGUAGAGAAUGGCAAGUCUCAUGUAUCAAACGUGAAACAGCAGAGAAGUUGGCCAAUGUUAAAUAAAAAGACACAUGUUACAAAUUUGUCAGAUCCUCUGGCACAAUCCAAGACCUCUGUGAAAUUGUCAAAAAAUGAAAUCCUGAGAUUAAAGCGAAAAUGUGAUUUUAAGGAUGAUAAUUUAACAGAGCCAUCCAAUCUUAUGCCUUGUAGAGGAUUUGCUACGGCAGCCGGGAAGUCUUUGGCAGUCAGCGAAAAUGCUUUGAAAAAAGCAAAGUGCAUAUUCCGAAAUGAAGAUCUGACAAAAGUUUUUGUACUUGACAAUAAUGAAGUGCCUGCCACUCAAGUUUCUUCACAUAAUCAAAUAAACAAAGAAGAACUUGAUACAGUAAAAGUAAAAACGAUGGUGCAAGGAUUAUUCCAUGGUUUUUCAUCGUUAGAACUUACAUUCAGUGAGUUUCUUGCAACUAAACUUAAAGCUUUAUUGCAAAUUGAAGAAUCCUUGAAGCUAUCGAUUGAAUUCGAUAACGAAGAUAUAAAUGACGAUAGUGAUUCAAUUAAUUUUAGACCAUUUUAUGGUUUCUCUUCUGCAGAUUUUGUCAAGAGUCAAUGUUGUGCCUACAGAGAAAAGCUAAGGGUGCAAAAAGAAGAUAAUAAAGUAAAUGAUAAUUUAGUGAGAGGAAUAAUAAAAUUGAAUGAUCCUACAAAUGUUAUUACCAAUCUACCUGAAAAGAGCACAGUAUCUACCGAACAUCACUUUAUUAAACCCAGGGUAACUGUGAAGUUAGCAAGUUCUUCUACAGCUAAUAAUAAAAAAAUGAAUAUUAUUCCUAAGGCAAUGUUAAAAGUAAGACCUUCAUUACUUACUGAAGAUGUAAUCGACAAAGAAAAUAAAGUUAGAAACAAUCAAAGGACGAGGAAAUUAUCACUAGGUUUUUCGACUGCUAGUGAUCGUCCAGUAACUAUUUCUAAAGAUGCUCUUUCGAACCCCAAACUAUUGUUAUCUGAAUCGAAUGAAAAUAUACCCAGAAAUGAAGUGGCUGAUGAAUUAAAGAAAAACAACAGCAAUAUGAAACAAAGUGAAAACAGAUCUAUGGCUUUUGGAUUUUCAACAGCAGGGGGUCGUGCAGUGAAUGUCUCUGAAGAGGCCUUAUCAAAAGCAAAGGCACUUUUUGAAAAUGUGGAAAGCACAAUCACCAAAGAUCUGUUUCAAGAGCACCUUUCAGAAAUGAAAGAUUAUGAAACCGAUGUAAAGAAACCAAUGACUCUUGGAUUUUCAACAGCAGGGGGUCGUCCAGUGAAAGUUUCUGAACAGGCCUUAUCAAAAUCAAAGGCAAUUUUUGAAAAUCUGGAGAGCACAGUCACCAAAGAUCUGUUUCAAGAGCACCUUUCAGAAAUGAAAGAUUAUGAAACCGAUGUAAAGAAACCAAUGACUCUUGGAUUUUCAACAGCAGGGGGUCGUCCAGUGAAAGUUUCUGAACAGGCCUUAUCAAAAUCAAAGGCAAUUUUUGAAAAUCUGGAGAGCACAGUCACCAAAGAUCUGUUUCAAGAGCACCUUUCAGAAAUGAAAGAUUAUGAAACCGAUGUAAAGAAACCAAUGACUCUUGGAUUUUCAACAGCAGGGGGUCGUCCAGUGAAAGUUUCUGAACAGGCCUUAUCAAAAUCAAAGGCAAUUUUUGAAAAUCUGGAGAGCACAGUCACCAAAGAUCUGUUUCAAGACCACCUUUCAGAAAUGAAAGAUUAUGAAACCGAUGCAAAGAAACUAAUGACUCUUGGAUUUUCAACAGCAGGGGGUCGUCCAGUGAAAGUUUCUGAACAGGCCUUAUCAAAAUCAAAGGCAAUUUUUGAAAAUCUGGAGAGCACAGUCACCAAAGAUCUGUUUCAAGACCACCUUUCAGAAAUGAAAGAUUAUGAAACCGAUGCAAAGAAACUAAUGACUCUUGGAUUUUCAACAGCAGGGGGUCGUCCAGUGAAAGUUUCUGAACAGGCCUUAUCAAAAUCAAAGGCAAUUUUUGAAAAUCUGGAGAGCACAGUCACCAAAGAUCUGUUUCAAGACCACCUUUCAGAAAUGAAAGAUUAUGAAACCGAUGCAAAGAAACUAAUGACUCUUGGAUUUUCAACAGCAGGGGGUCGUCCAGUGAAAGUUUCUGAACAGGCCUUAUCAAAAUCAAAGGCAAUUUUUGAAAAUCUGGAGAGCACAGUCACCAAUGAUGUACUUCAAGAACAACUUUCAGAAAUGAGAGAUUAUGAAACUGAUGUAAAGAAACCAAUGACUUUUGGAUUUUCAACAGCAGGAGGUCGUUCAGUGAAAAUUUCCGAAGAAUCCUUAUCAAAGGCAAAAACAUCGUUUUCUUGUGAAUUGAGUGAUACACCUAAUGGUUCCAGUAGUAUAAAAAAUGAAAAUUGUUCCUCUACUCCUGGGAAUUUUAUUCUGCGAAACAAGUCAGUAUCCUCAAGAUUCAAGCCGAUAAUUAAGAGAAAAGCAUCUGAGGUAGAUGAAGAUACACCAUCCGGUAGACUUCACUUAUUAAAAUUGAAGAGACCACGCUUGAGCAAUGAGUUCCAAGCAAGAAAAUUAUUCUCAGAUGUUUCUGACAGAAAAAUAGAAAUAAAUAAAAUGCAAGAAGAUAAAUGUAAACCAGUAGCAAACCAAGAAGAUAUUAAGGAAAAUGAUAGAACAAUGUCUCCAAAAUGGCAACCCCAGAAGUCUUUCCCUAUUAUAUCGACCAAAAUCAAUACGGAUAUGAUAGAUAUUGAUAAUCCUACAUUAGAAAAAGGACAGAUACUAAAGAAAACUUUGAUUUUUGAUGAAGUUGAAGCCAGUACAGCUGCUCUUCUUGAGGAUGAAGAAAAUUCAAAGGACUCUACAUUCUGGGCUUCCAAAUUUGAGCCGAAGCCAAUAGAUGUUGAAGUUCCUGGAAAGGAUUCAAUUCCAGUUUCAAGAAAAACUUAUGAGAAUCCAACAACUCCAAUUGCAUCAUCAACUAGUCCUGUACUAAGUGAUUUAGAUAAGUUCGUCUCACGUAAACGCAGAAUCAGGAGGAGUUUGAAUACUUCUCUCCUGAAAGAAAACUGUGACUCACCCAAAUCCUCGUUUAAGGUACCUUAUAAAGAUAAGAGCACAGAAUUGUUCAUUAGAUCGAUAUCAAAUCAUAAAGUACCAUAUAAUAUUGGUAAUGGUAGUCGAUGCACAAACUCACCGGUCACCCAUGAGGAAUCAAAAUUGGAGCAUUCAAUUUACAAUACAGAAGUUCCAAAACGCUACAAAAGUGUCAAUCAGGAUGUUUCUACUAACGAAUUUGUAAAUAUAAUUGAAAAACGUUUGAGUGCUUCCUUGGAGCAGGAAAGAUUAAUUCGUAUGAAAAAACGUAAUAAACCAAAACCAAUGAAAGGUAAUCUAUUGUCAAGCAGAGAGUCAAAUAAAAAAUGUCGUAUUUCCUGGCGACAAAUUACUGAAGGAAAGCCAUUGGUUCCUCGUAGCGUUCAAGAGCUUAUCGAUGCAAGAAUCAGCACAGAUAUAUUGGGAAUCACAGCAAAUACAGCAGAGGAGUACAAAUUCCAAUGUAUCGAUUAUUAUCCGGAGGAUCUUAUACGAGAAAAUAUUGAUGGUUUCAAAGUUGGUGAUGAUGCUCGUCUGAUAAUGAAUAACACUGAAAGUGUCGGAACUUUGGAGUUCGUAAGAUCUUUUGAAUCUAGUCCAGGAGUAGAUCCUGCUUUGAUUCCACCAGGUUGGAUCGAAAAUCACUAUCGAUGGAUAGUAUGGAAACUGGCAUCGAUGGAUCGUAUGAAGUUUGGAUCAAUAUCAAUGCCAAGGAUGCUCACACCGAAUCGUGUUAUGUUCGAAUUAAAAUACAGAUAUGAUAGAGAAAUAGAUAGGUCAGAACGUUCUGCUUUGAGAAGAAUCUUAGAAAAGGAUGAUUCAGCCUGUAAACGAAUGGUUUUGUGUGUAGCAUCCGUAACAGAGUGUAAGGAACAUCUUAACACAUUGAACAGUCCAAAGAACGCAGGAUCAUCACAAUGGAAAUUGGUAUUGACCGAUGGCUGGUAUAGCAUACCAGCUGCUAUCGACAUAGCAAUGACAAAUUAUGUAUCUAGUGGAAAGGUACAAGAAGGUACGAAGCUUGUAACAUAUGGUGCUGAACUACUCAAUAGUGAUCAAGGUUGUUUUCCAUUGGAGGUUCCAGCAGACGUGUGUCUAAGGAUACACACGAAUUCCACUAGACGAGCAAGAUGGGAUGUUAAACUUGGAUAUCAGUCACACUCAGGACCAAUAACCACAUCAUUAAAGACUAUCAGUCCGAACGGAGGAUUGAUUGGUAAAAUGAUAGUUACUGUUAUCAGAGUCUAUCCAAUUUUGUAUCGUGAAAAAAUGGCGGAUGGCCAAUCAAUAUUCCGCAAUGCCAGAUGCGAGGAAAAGGCUGCAAUGGCGUUCGAACAGGGGUGUCAAUCAAAAGCUGAAGUUAUCUAUGCAAAGGCACGUGCUGAUCUUGAAAAUGGAAGUCAGUCUGAAGAACAGGAACAUUUUAUGGAGCAGCGACGAGCUAUGGAGGAGGAAAUCAAACAGGAAGUGGAAGCAAAGUUGCGUGAAUGUCUUCCGGCUCCGCGACAGGUUACUCCGCUCCUGAGGAUCCGGGUAGCUGAUGAUGACAGGACUGCAAUCCUUACCAUGUGGUCAGGUGCUGAGGAAGCUGGAAACAUCUUGAAGGAAGGCAGCAUUAUUUGUUUACAUAAUAUUUUUGCAUCUGGCAAAAGGGCUGGUGAUUUACAACUGACUGCUGGUAGAAAUACAGUAUUUAAUAAAAUAAGCAAUCAAAAAAAUUCUAUACCGUCAAGAAAGUUCACGUCCCUCUCAGAGAUAGCUGUACCUGGAUUUAAUCCUGACUUUGGUGAAUUUGAUACAGUAGGAAUUGUAUCGUCGGUUGGAAACGCACCCCACGGUAUGAAAAAUUUCGAAACUGCCAAUCUGGCGUAUCCGGAUCCUGACACGUCUACGUCAUCGUACCUGUCAGUAUUAUUCUGGCAAGGUAUCUCAAGUCAUGGAUAUUCGGAGAUCCUCUCCGUAGGCUCUGUAGUAUCGUGUAGUAAUUUGGAAUGGCGCCGUAGUAGUUCCUGGAGUGUCCCAGUAGCUUACUGUACGGAGAGAACAGUUUUCACUAGAAAUCCACGACAGAGUCAUCUUCGUCAGCCGUUCGACGACCUUACCUCCCGUGUGAAGGAACCCAUGGCGUAUGCAGCCACCUGUGCGUUGGAGAUAGCCUCAGAGACGAUGAAGAAAACUAUCGGCACGAGAACCCCUGGACAAGGAACACCGAACAAACUCAAUCAGGAUAUUAAAAGGACUCCUGUAUAUAGUCCUAGAAUAGCCAUAGACAGUCCUAGUCCUUCUAUGAUAACACCUGUUAAAUCCUCAAUAACAAAAAGGUUAGAAAAACUUCAGUGGUAUGGAGAACCACCAGAACUUUCACCUAUGGUGAUACAUAAUAGUUCCAGCAGGGUAGUCCAGGAGUUUCGACCUCCUGUACGCACUCCUGACAAGCCUUAAAAAGAAAUGCUAUAUUUUUUUAUAUUUCGUCUUGUGAUGUCCUGGUGAAUCACGUUGACGACCUAACCCUAAGAAUUACCAUUAAUUAUACGUUUAUUAACUAUGGAAUUUUUGAAAAUUGUAUUACGUUCGUUAUAUUUGUCGUGAGUGAAUGUUGUUUAAUGUCUAUAAGAAGGAUAUGUAUAUUUCGUUUAAAGAAAGGAAAAAGAAAAAUGAAAGCUA